AUGGGGAGUUCGCAACUAGGAGAAAGUGUAAUGAGAUCAAUAGAGCGGAAACUGCCUAUAGCAGGGAUAAAUUUCUCUGUUAUAGCUGCAGGAGCACUAUUUUCAUACACAGAAAGAGGAAGGGCCAUGCUAACUGUUUUAAAACAGGGCGCAGUGCUUGAUUUUCUGCUUUUAACGAUGACAAUCACACUUGUUUUAAUGAAGGCAGUUGCGUAUGCAUAUGAAACAGAAGAAGUAUACAGCAAUAAGCAAAAAAAGAAUCUUGCUAUGUUAGAGACUGUCCUGGGCACGCUUGGGGUGGUUAUCUUGGGAGGUGUGGCAGCAAGUCCAAUGUGCAUGAUUAUGGCAGUAGGCACAGCCUUUAUGCUUAGAGGAGAGAAGAUGUUUAAGCACUUGGCUUCAAUCAUUGGAGCAGUGGGUUUAGCGGUGUUUGUAAUGAGCAACCCAAAUAUGCCGCCUUAUGUGUAUACAGUUCUGAUCUCUGCAGGAGUCUCUUUCUGCAUUCUUGGAAUGCUUAGGCUGGAGACAAUUGUAAAGAACCAAAGUGCCACAAUGCUUGUGCACUACUUCACACUGGUGAGUAUCAUUCUGGCAGCACUUAUAUACAGCCCGCUUGCAUUUAUUAUGCUUCCAUUAGUUCUUUUCUGCGCAAUUAACUCGCACUAUCUGGAUGAGAACGUACAAAAGAUACCGGGCGUUGGAUAUGUGUACAGAAAGAUUGUAGGUCUACUUAAGAAGCCAAGUAGAAUAUACAUGGUAGCUAUUAGGCUGACAAAAGUAUUAAUACCAACAGUAGUGAUAGGCAUGGGGGUACUGUACUUCUCUGCAUGGUAUACAGACAAUCCGAUUAUAUUAAGCCAGCUAGGAAUUAAGGUUACAAACGAGUCCCCAAUCUUUGCAACCAUAUCAAGUGGCCUUGGAUAUGUAGUGGACAGCAGUAUUUAUGUAGUGAACACGGUGUACAUGGCACUGAGACCAAGAGCAGUGGGAGAGUACAUUUUGAAAUCGAUAGGAGUAGAUCCGUUGGAGGUGUCUAACUCUAAUAGAAUCUUUGUGCAGAUUGCAUCGGUUGUCUAUAAGGCACUUGUUUUCAUGGAUAGCAUUUUAGCAUCUAUUGUUGUGUUUGCCGGUGCAAUUGUAAAUGUGCUAGCAGGUAUAGUAUGUGCUGUGGCCCUCAAGCCAUUAAAGAUAUAUGGAUUCGUACUAAAUCUAGGCAAGUGGGCUCUGUCCAAGGUGCUGUACGUGAUAGACACACUUUUGUACUACUGCCUGGGAAUUACUACAAAUCUGUAUGCUGUAACUUCGCCAAAUGCGCAGCCAGCACCAAGCAUUUUGUCCCGGGCAGCUAGCGUUGUACUCUAUCCGCUUACUUUGAUGAAGAUGCUUUUCAGGAAGACACCAACAGGCGCAGGGACUACUGUAUCUGGGCGCAGCACUGGAAAUGCACUAACAGCUGUAUAUGGGCUUUUGAUAAACGUACUUUUUGUGCUGUUUGGUGCAUACUCUUGCAUGUUCUUCACUACCAACGGAAAGGACAUGGCAUCAACAAAGACCAUUUCCUUUGAGAGCUAUGGAGUAUCCCCAGUCAUGGGAGAUAGACCGCUAAGCAUAGACAAAGAGCUAGUUAAUGUCAGAAGAGACACCUUCUAUCAGAAGUUCUUCGAUGCAUACUGCGAGACUGCAACUGUGUUUACUGAUGUUAAUGGGAAUGGAGCGUUCUUAGAGGAGGAAUUUGUAAACAAGACCUUAAAGUCAGGAUAUAAUCCAAUGAAUCAAUACACAAACGACCAAAUAUGCAAGCCUGUUGCAUCAUUCCAAGAGGAGUUCCAGGAGAAAAUCCGGAAAAUAGGGGCAAUUGCAGCAAGUUUCACCGCGGAUGAGAAGGCAGCACUGAAGAGCAUUCUGCAGUACUUCCCCAAAGUCCGUGGAAAGAAGGGAAUGUCUGUCCAGGAGAAGGACCUUGAGAAUGAUCUGAAGGAUGCCUUAAAGGCCAAAAAAGACCCAAAGAAAAUAAAGCCAACGGCCCUUGAGAAUAUAUUGGGGCUGAAAAAGAGCGCAAAGGAAGUCCAAAAACUGGCAGACCAGAAAUACAUAAAGGCCAAGGUACACAUGGUAGAGUACUACAGAAAGUACUACUACAACUUCUAUAUUCUUGCGCAGUACUUCUUAGACAACAUGAAUCCGUCUAUUCUACAUGCAGUCUCAUCUUCUGCUGUUGAAACAUACAAUGCAGUGCUUCCAACCAACUACAGUGAUAUAUCCGACGAGUAUCUCAAAACAAUUGUACAGUUAAGAACUGCAAUUAUUAAGAAAGAGCUGCCUUUCCUGACAGAAGUGCAGGCUGCAGCUCGGCACCACAAAACUCUUCUUCGCAAGAUGGAGGCAGAGGGAGUGAUACAGAAAGGAGAAAAGCAAAAGGAAGGAUUCUUCUUGAAUGGGCUUGGAAAGUGCCUAGACUACAACUCCGUCUUGGAGGAGGACACAGACCUUUUCGUGUACCAUGAAAAGAUCAGCUUAGAGAAAGACGCGCAGUUCAUUUACUUCAAGUCUUCAGUUUCUACAACCCCAAAGCCAAGUAGAAGUCCUUUCAUAAUCGGAAGCAGCACGGAAAUUGACUUAUCUAUAAAGAAUGCUGAGAGCACUGUUGUAUCAAUCUCUGUUAAUGACACUCCCGUAUGUGCUAGAGUUAUUCCAGCAGAUAGAACAAAGAACGUGCUCAUAGACAUGAAAAUACCGCUAGAGACAAUUAGAAAAUCCAGUAUAAGUAAUCCAAGCGAUGCCAGCCUUGCUAAGAUUACUGUGCGUAUGUUCAUAGGACACGCAUCACUUCUUAGCACAAAUACAUACCAGAUAGAGCUGUAA